ACUUCGUUAUUGCAGAUGCAUGACAUUACCAAACGAUGCCUUUACCUUUCAACAUGAGGAACACGUAGUUGAAUUUUCUAAAGGAUUCCACACCGUGUAAAUGAUGACUGGAGAUUUCAUGAUGAAUCAACAUGUGAAGUGAAUUGUAUUCGUGAAGAGAUGACAGCAUUUUCCAGCAGGCUUUGGUAGUAGAUAUAAAACACCUCCUAUAAGAGUAUAAGCCACCUCCAGCAUGGCUACAAACAUGCCUACCGAGGUUAUUAGUAUCCAUAACGACAUGGUUUUGGAGUUGAGUGACAAUAUGACAGGUCCGGAGCUGGAUAGACUCAAACAUCUUCUGGGGGACGAUACACUUACUCCGGCUGAUAAGGAAAAAAUAGAAACAGUACAACAGCUGUUUAUUUGCCUGAUGGACAAAAUAUUUAUUUCUUAUGGAAAUUAUGAAAAAUUAAUACCAAAACUGAAGCGAAUAAAACCGUCACUGUGUUUAAUCGUCAACAGAUAUACAAAAGAACGGAACACAAUACUCAAACUAAAGGAAGAUAAAGAAGAAAUAGUUAUUUCCAUGGAUAGGCCCGUAUAUACUACGAAGGAAGGAUCCGAAGCUUCUUUCUUAACCUGUACAGUACAUCCUGUACCAGAAAACAUCGAAUGGAGAAAGGACAAAAGUACACAAUCAUGGCAAAAAGUUCUUAGUGACAAUCGGAAGUACUUUUAUGGUGAGAAAACGCCUACACUUGUGAUAAGAUACCCGAACAAACCAAUGGAUGAAGGCAACUACCAAUGCAUGGCAGAAACCCGUGGAAAAGAAGUGGCUGGUGAUAUCGUCCAUCUGAAAGUGUUGGCUAAGAAAUCAAAAAUACGCAAAACUACAACCAACAUGACGAGGCAAAGCGAUGAUCCCAUUGACAGGAGUGAAACAGAAGAUCAGUCACAGCCUGCUGGCGGUAAAAGAGCCACUGUUUGCCAAACCGACCAAGGUAGCCGGAUGUUUUUCAAUGUGAACACUGACAUUGACAUUACAAGACAAGCGUCAGAAACGGACAUUUCUGACACAUUUACAAGAGUAACACGUCAGUCAGAACGUUUGCGGAAAGCUAAAUUGAAAAAAAAAUGCAUCCAAGUAUGUUUAGAUAUCACUGCUGCUAGGAGUGCAUCAGAACCAUCUUCUCUACAUCUCGCUGAAGAGUUUAAACAUUAUCUAUUGGAAGGUGGCACCAUACAGCUAACUGACGAAUCACAGACAGUGUUACAAAUAGUCAAGGACAGUUUCGAGAUAACACCAGAAACUACACCAGAGGAUGGUUCUCCAUAUGUAAACAUCAGUCAUAGCCAGUUCACUGUUCCCGUCGGGAAAACGGCAAUCAUCCAAACGUACGUCAUCAGCUCAUCAGAAGUUACAUCAAUUCAGUGGUUUAAAAAAGAAGACGAUGAAGACAUUCCAAUAGCAUUUGACAACAAACAGUACUUUGGAGGCUCAAUUCUUUCUCCAACAUUAAUUAUCCGUAAAACAACCAUCAGCGAUCACGGACAGUACCUGUGUACAGCUACCAACUGUAACGGAACAGGUUUGAGUAACAUGACGGUCCUGUCUCUACAAUCAGGAAAGUCCCGGACGUUGUGA